GAGGAUAGGAAGCUGUCUUAGCGUUGGAGUAGUAGGGAAAGGAUUCAAAUAUGACCAUGAUCGGCGAAUUAUAGCAUAGAAUACGACUAAUUAGCGCGGUAACUUCCUUUUUCGAAUUGAAAUACAUAAUUUAUUUUCCUUUAACUAUUAAUUUCGGUUGUCCUACUUUGGGAAUUGAGAGCGAUGCCGAGUCACCCACUGCGCGUGGCGGUGGUAUGCUCGAGCAACCAGAACCGUAGCAUGGAGGCGCAUAACAUCCUCAGCAAGCGGGGGUUCGAUGUGCGAUCAUUUGGGACAGGGACCCAUGUGAAGCUGCCAGGCCCCGCGCCAGACAAGCCCAAUGUGUACGACUUCAAAACCACCUAUGAGCAGAUGUACAACGAUUUGGUCCGCAAGGACAAGGAACUAUACACACAGAACGGAAUCCUCCACAUGCUUGAACGCAAUAAGCGAAUCAAACCACGACCUGAACGUUUCCAGAGCUGCAAGGACCAGUUCGACCUGGUCAUCACCUGUGAGGAGAGGGUUUAUGACCAAGUGCUGGAAGACCUGAACUCUCGGGAGCAGGAGACCUUCCAGCCGGUUCAUGUCAUCAAUAUAGACAUUCAGGACAACCAUGAAGAGGCUACUCUGGGGGCCUUCCUCAUCUGUGAGCUCUGCCAGUGUAUCCAGCACACAGAUGACAUGGAGAACGAGAUAGACGAACUGCUUCAGGAAUUCGAGGAGAAGAGCAGUCGCCCCUUCUUGCACACUGUGUGCUUCUAUUGACAAGAUUGUGCAGCUUGAAGCUGAAGCAAAAAAAAAAAA